AUGAAGGAAUUUUUGAAGCAUAUUGUCAUGAGCAAGGUUCAGUGGUUUCGCUCGUAUGCGAUAGCUGUCUGGACCUUCGUCACCAAGGGGCUGCAGGCGACGACUGACCACACAUGGCGUACGACUGUGCAAGAGGUCUGGAAUGAAAAAAUUCAGAACCGAAAUAGGAGCAAAUCUCAAAAACAUUUACUGAGACAUUCCUUGUGA